UAAGUUGUGUGGAUAGCUGAUAUGGAUGUAAGCUGCAUACUGAAAUGUGAAAACUGUGCCUCACUUUGCUUCUAGUGAAGUUUAUAGGUUGACAUUUACAACUUAACAUAUAAAGAAAAAUGACAGCCUGAUGUUCAGCAUAUUUUAAGUUGGAAUAUAACUUAGGUUUUUAAUGCGAUUGAGGAGAAAGAAAAAAGAUAAAAAGAAAAAUGGUGACCUGAAAUCUAACGCCAUGGGUAACAACAACACAUCGGGGGUUGCCACACCACCGGUAGAACGAAAGUCAAAGUUCGCAGCAAUAGGGAAAAUAUUCAAGCCCUGGAAAUGGAAGCGGAAAAAGAAGAGUGAAAAGAUAGAGAAAACUGCAAAAGAAUUGGAACGUAACCUCUCAGUUCGCUCUACUAGGGAGGAGCUUAUAGAGAAAGGUGUUCUCAAGAUUCGUACGGAGGACACGAUAGAGGAGGUGAAUGAAAACCAGUCUGCAAACACUAGUCACAACCAGUCUGUCGCCCCUAGCAACGACCAGGCAGAUGUCACUAGAGUCACCAAUGGUGAUGGUGUUGGUUCGAGCAGUGAAGAAGUGAGCGAUGCUGUAAAGUCUGUCACAGAGAAUGGUGUGGUGAACACAGCGGUGGAGACAAGUGUGUCAGACAAUAAUGUCAUCACCACAAGGGCCGAAAUAGCUUCACCCCAGAGCAACUCUAUAGACCUGCCCUGUUCGGGCCAAGGUGAGCAGCCUACAGUGUCAUCCAUACCAGCAACUUCCACAUCACAGGCGCGGCCUGUGAUAAUCUCUGCCUUGCCAGCCACAGUCAUUCCAGAGGUCAAGGUCACGGUACAGUCUCCUGAACCAUCGCAAAGAGCGGAGCCCCUUGAGACACAGGCCCCGGACACACACACAAACACAGCACAGGAACCCACUUCUCAGGAACAACGUCAGGAAGAUUCAUCCCCACGGGCACCUGAGGUUUCACCCCGCUCUCAGCCAGAGGUAACUCUGAGGGCUCAACCAGAGGUUACUCCCCGCCCUGUUCCAGAGGUUACCCCCAGGGUCGCAAUGACCUCAUUUGGUAAUACGACCACAAUCAGAGACACUCCUCGUUAUAAGCCCAGGUUUCAGGACAGCAGUGAGGAGGAUGAAAGUGAUGAAGAGUAUGAUCAUCCUCCACCCCCGACCAGCGAUCCUCGAGUGUGGGAGGCGGAUGCUAGUGAGCCUGACUUUACCAAAAUGCCAAUUAAAAGUGCUUUAAAAAAGACUCCUGUCGCAUACUCUAGUGUACAAACUACGAGAAAUGCUGGUGAUAGUGUAAAAACAAACUUUAGCGCUCGAGUGUCGAGAGAUACACCUCCCCCAGAGGGGAACAGUGUCGUACCCCAGCCCUCCCCUAAGGCUACACCUGUAAAUCAGGGCCCACCAAGACCCAAACCAAGGAUUACACUUCUCAGGGGCAUACAGGCGUGUGACUCAGACACGUUACCUGCCCCACCUGCAUACCCCUCGGUACCUGAGCACCCACCCCCUCCAUACAAGGCACCUGCUCCCUUGCGGGAUGACGAAUCUUCCUCCGAUGAUGAGGAAAUCAACUACAGGGAUGAUGACGACCAGCCAACUGGUUUGGCAGCCAAGGUGGCUCGACAGGACAGUCUUGCACGGUUCUUGAGCAACAGACCAUCACGUCAGGAACUUGUGGAGAAAAACAUUAUUCCAUACAAGUCAGAUGAUCAGAUACAUAAAGAAAGGGCGGAGAUUGGCUCAAAACUCAUCAGGCGACUGAGUUUACGACCUUCACAGGAAGAGUUGGAACAAAAAAACAUUCUUCACUUGCGGAGUGAGGAUAUCGCAAAGAGAGAAAAGGAGGAGAGAAAGAAAUUGUUGAUUAGAAAGCUGAGUUUCCGACCCACGAUCGAGGAGCUGAAGGAGAAGAAAAUCAUCAAAUUUAAUGAUUAUCUGGAGGUCACAGACGCAACAGAGUAUGACCGGCGGGCAGACAAACCCUGGACACGCCUCACACCCAGGGAUAAGGCUGCCAUAAGAAAAGAGCUUAAUGAUUUUAAAGCUGGAGAAAUGGAUGUUCAUGAUGAUAGCAGACAUUUAACUAGAUUCCACAGGCCAUGACAUGGAGCUGUGACAUAGAGCAUGUUACCGAUGUGUAUUCACGCUAGCAGCAGGCCUGUGAAAUGACCAUGCCCAGCUCCCGUAUGCACUGAAUCCUAUAUCGCAGUGUUCUUACACAGCAUGUGCUCGGCUUCCCAGCAACACAGACGGACAUAUCAUCGCCAAGUGUUCACAAAACUUUAGAAAUAUUGAAAAACUCUGCCAUGAUUCAUUGAUAAAAACAUGUCUGCUGUGAGCUAAGUAGAAAAAAAUCCAUCUAUGGAUUCAAUGAAGGAACACUAAAUCCUGCAAGUUCAAAAUUAUUAUUAGAUAUUCUGUGUUUGUCAAAUUGGAAGCAUUUAUAUGCUUUUUUUUAUAGGAAAAAACUGUGAUACCCCUGGCACUGAGAUAUUGUGUGAUUAUGUGUGUAAGACCGAACAGGGAUCUGGGUUUCACAUGGAAGAUGUCUGUGAUCUCUCUACAUUCAGUUUUUACUAGUGAUAUGAUGUUUUUCGUGUUCACUAUAAUCCACCUUGACUGUAUGCAGAUAUUUUUUGUGUUGUUUUGGUGUAAUGAAUAAUUUCCAUGUUCAAAUUGCUUUGCUUGAAAACUGUAGGAUACAUUUUAACAUGGGAACAGAGGUUGAAGUUGGCCAAUUUUUGUUUUGUGUUAAAAGCAAUGGAAUUAAGAACAAAGAUUUUACCUGUUGUAUAAGAUCGCUCUAAAUAUUUGUUUCUUUAUUGUUGCUCAUUUAUUAUACUCUCUGCCAUGAUUUAAAUCUUUUCAAAUAGAGAUAUAAUUGUUUAAAUACCUGUUAUCAAAAGCUAUUUUCAUUCAAGAUUUAAGCCAUAAGUCAUCUCAGUUGCAAUUAUUGAUGUAACGAACAUUGCUGUAAUUAAUUGUUACAUUGCUAGUAUUAAUCUGAUUUUAUGGAUAUAAUCCCAUUCAUCUUGUAAUUUUAGUGAGUAAUACAUGUGCCCAUUGAUACUUUAAUACUAUUGUAAUUUAAUUUUCAUGUCGAUCUAUUUAUAAAGCGUGUGAACUGUGAUGUCAGGUUGGAUAUUAUCCUCUCUUAGUAAAGAGCUCACAAGUGAUAUUCCUAUACUUAACAACAGAUUUUAAUUUCUUAAUAUAAUACUACCUGGUAGCUUUGUUUGCAACACGUUUAUUAUUUAUUCCAACCAUUUAUAAUUUAGUGAAAUCAUCAUUACAGCACAAUCAUUUUUUAUAUCAACUUCAACAUAUAUAGGCAGAAUUAUUUUUAUUGUGAUACUUUCAAAAUAUGACAUUUAUAUUUCUGUUUUUUAAAUGAUCUCUGCACUGUUUCUGCCAAAAACAUGCAGAAUCGCAUUUCUUAAAUUUAUAUUAGGCCUAAAACAAUACAUAUAUCUGAGUUUAGGGAACAGUCUCAAAAACGCAGGUAGUUAAGAGGGAAAAGUUUGUUUUAAAGUCCAGUCAAAACAGCAAAGCAAGUUUGCAAAUACUUAGCAUGACAUUUUUCUACAUCGUUGAGUAGAAAUUAACACUGAAUGUGUUUAGUUGUUAUCAACACAAAUAUUUUUCAUGUUCAACAAAAAUUAAAAAUCAGGAUGUUUUCACGUUCAACAACAAUUAAAAAUCAGAAUGUUUUUUGUAUCUAAGGUAACAAGAAUCCUCUAGGAUCAUGGGGUUUUGUCAGGUACAUGUAUGGUCAGGUUGCCCUAAACACAGGAGAUCUUUUAGGCCUAUUGUCUAGUUUUCUAAGAACUUGCUUCCAUGGUUUGUUUUCUUUAAAAGUGACAGUGUGGUGAGUGUAUCAGUUUUAUAUUUUGAAGUGAGUGCAUUACAUUAAACUGUCAUUUUAAAGCAUUUAGCCACCGUACAUACCAUACGCAUAUUCUCAACCACUCUUCCUGCUAACAGCUAUAUUUGUACAACCAUACAAUAUAAUAUUAAAAUGUGCAACUGAAACGGUAACUUUAUUCUUAAAGAAGUGAUAUGAAGUUCAUCAGAGUCCAACUAUGAUGGUAUCACAAAGGUGGAUGUGGGAUCAUUAUCCCAGUACUUGGGGUUUCAACCCAUUUUCGAGGUAACUUGUGGAUUGAGAAUGUCCUAGUGUCUUAACAGAACUUUCAAGGUUGUGUUGUGAUGUUGAUAAUGUACCUACUAUUAGUAGUUAUAUUCAAGUGCUUUGUGCUGACAAACUAUGUUCAAAUCUUCAUGAAGUGAUGUUUGUACUGACAUGCAUUUUUAUGCCAAACAGAUAUGAUGCGUAAAUUCUGCUUGUUUGUAGUCCAAUUAUAGAGCUAUAUUUCAUAGUUAUAAAGCAAUAAAUAAUGAUUAUUGGAUAUUCUAAUCUAUGAAACCCCUUUCAUAGAGCAAACUUAUUUAGACCAAUAAACGCACCAACUGGCCGAAACUGUCUUGAUUAUUUUUAACUUUUAACAUUGAUUUGACAGUACAGUAAGAUGCUUUUUUUACAAAAUGUUUAAACAGUGUCAGCAUGAUAGCAAAAAAAACUUUUCUAUUAGUGUCCAAAUUUGAAAUUUUAUGUAAGCAUUGUAGAAAGAUAAGAACAUUUUGAUCUCAUUUGUUUACAAUUAAGUUUUUGACAGUGAAUGUUUAAGUAAAGAGCAUAGGAAGUUAUUUAAUACUUAAAAUAUCUAUAUAAUUAUAUUCUAAAGAAAAAAACUAUUCUUAAUUGGAUUAAUAUAUAUUCAUUAUUUUUCUCAAAAACCAUGAUUCUGAUUUCAUUGAAACAUACACAUUUUAUUGUAUCUAUUGUAUAUUUUGCAAAUUUUAUAUUUUGUAUAAAGUGGUAUUGUACAUUAAAAUGUACAGAGCUUAUGAGACAAGCAUUAUGAUGAUUUGUGUUGUUGAUGCAUUGUAAUAUUGUAUGUUUUUUCAGUAAUCAUUGAUGAUACUUUAUUGUAAUUGUAUGCCUAAUGGACUUGUAGAGUUUUCAUCCGGUCUUUCAUCACAGCAAAAAUAUAUGAACUGGUUUAACACCACAUGGUUAAAUGAUAUAGUAUAUUAAUUGUUCAUAUUUCUCUUCCAUAUUGUAUAUAAAUUUCUGCAUAUUUUUACCAGUAGGGUAUACAUGCAUUCCAUAAAUAAAUGCCAGUCUUCACAAGUUGAGAAAAAUGUAUUGGUUUAAAUAGCCAUGGUUACGAUUUACCUAUCACCUUUUGGUUUAAAAAGUAAGGAAAUUACUCAUUGGCUUAAUUCAUAUGACUGUUCUUUUAAUUUGGUCAUACUAUAUGUUCUACAAUGCUUUGCCAAGUGUUCAGCAAUCAACAUCUGAUUAUUUUCACAUUUGUUUUAACUGACUGACCAGUAACUUUGAUAAAAUACACGUCUUAACUUCAAAGGGUAUCAUGUAAAUCAGGAGUGUUCCAAUUUAUGCUUGCAUCUGCAAUGAUAAAUAAAAAAAAUAUUAAUUUUGUGAAGUGGGAAAAUAGACAUUAUAUUACUUUUACACCAAGUAACACCAUUGAACUUGAACAUUACCAUUAUGCACUUGUGUUUCAUAUGUUGGUUACUUGCUACUUAUCACAUGUAUGUUAACACUGACUCUGUAAUUGUUGUAUACAGCUGUAAGGUAUCAUCUGAACAAUAAAUUUAUUUAAAUGCC